CACUCUCCUUGAAACAAACCUGAAAGAUCCUUCCACUGACACCAUGGUCAACUCUUGUUGUGGCUCCGUCUGCUCUGACCUGAGCUGUGGCCAGGACCUCUGUCAAGAGACCUGCUGUGCUCCCAGCUGUUGCAGACCAAACUGCUGCCAGUCUGUGUGCUGCCAACCAAGCUGCUGCCAAACUACUUGUUGUCGCCCAACUUGCUGCCGCCCAACUUGCUGUGUGUCCAGCUGCUGCCAGCCCUGCUGCCGCCCCACUUGUUGUCGGCCAGCUUGCUGCCGCCCCAGCUGCUGCCGCCCCAGCUGCUGCAGACCAAGGUGCUGCCAGUCUGUUUGCUGCCAACCUACUUGCUGCCGCCCUUCCUGCUGCCAGACUACUUGUUGCCGCACAACUUGCUGUCGCCCUAGCUGCUGUGUGUCCAGCUGCUGCCGCCCCAGCUGCUGUGUGUCCAGCUGCUGCCGCCCUUGCUGCCGCCCCAGCUGCUGUGUGUCCAGCUGCUGCCGCCCUUGCUGCCGCCCCAGCUGCUGUGUGUCCAGCUGCUGCCAGCCCUGCUGCAGACCUAUUUGCUGCCAGACCACCUGCUGUAGAACCACCUGUUGCCGCCCAGCCUGCUGUGGCUCCUCCUGUUGCUGAACACCCAGCCCUCCAACCAUUUUUUCCAAUAGUUGUGGCUUUUAAAAGGAACAUGCAGAUUAAUCUUUAUCUCUCUAGGAUAAGAUGUGAACAAUAAUGUUACGUGCUUUUUUCCCCUCUUCAAAAUAUGUACUAUCUAUCAGUAUUUAAUAUGGUGAUUAAAAAAGAAAGAUUCUACCAGCUCUGGGACUUGUAAUUGACAUUCAAACUGUACAUCAAUGUGCUGAGAAGAUCAAAAUCAGAAUGUUUCUACCCAAAAUUUUAUAAGUCAUAUAACAAUUCAAAAAAGUCUAGACAACAGAAAAUGUUAAUUCCAGCUUUAUCCAAAUCCUAACUUUGUUAUGUACUAUCACUUGUAUGUUUCCUAAUAAAAGUAUUAAUUUUCCAAAGUUGAUAUGUAUUCAUUGGUGAGUGUUAUUUUCUCUAAUCUCACGAAACAGUUGUAUAUCUGAUUGUUUCCAUAUAUACAUACAGGAUAUAUUCUCAAGUCUAUUCGAUAUGGAAUAAUUGAACUAGAGAAGCUCAGUGAUCCAUAGAACACAGGUUUCUUCCUACAAUAAAAUCGGGGGAAUUUUUGAAAGAAGUUAUCAUUCCUCCUGUCUACAUCUUUCUUUUUCUAUUUUUUGAUGAAUUAUUUUAUUUUUAAUUUUUGUUCCAAAUUUUCUCUUGCCCUUCACCCCACUCCCAACUAACGAGAAAGCAAGAAAUAGAAUACCAAUUACACAUAUGAAGUGAUAUAAAGCACACUUUCACAAUAGUCAUGUUGCCAGGCAGGGGGGGAAGAAAAAUAAUGAAAGAUAUACUACAGUCUUCAGUCAAGAUCCAUCCAUUGUCUCUCUUUACUUAGCAUGUUUUCACUGAAGUCUUUUGCAGUUGUUAUGAACUAUUGUAUU